AUGAAGUCGCAGUUGAGGACCUGGAAGAGUCCUCCCAGCACGCAGGGACAGGCGGGGUCCUCCUGUCCCCUUUCCCUCCGGUGCCGCCUUCCCCCAGCCGGGAGCGCAGGGACUGGGGGGCCCGGUGUAGGAAUUGGGGGGACCGGGGGCGGGGGGGAUCCGGCUCGACCUGGCCUGAGCCAGCAGCAGCGCGCCAGCCAGCGGAAGGCGCAAGUCCGGGGACUGCCGCGCGCCAAGAAGCUUGAGAAGCUAGGGGUCUUCUCGGCUUGCAAGGCCAAUGAAACCUGUAAGUGCAAUGGCUGGAAAAACCCCAAGCCCCCCACUGCACCCCGCAUGGACCUGCAGCAGCCAGCUGCCAACCUGAGCGAGCUGUGUCGCAGCUGCGAGCAUCCCUUGGCUGACCACGUGUCCCACUUGGAGAACGUGUCAGAAGAUGAGAUCAACCGGCUGCUGGGCAUGGUGGUGGACGUGGAGAAUCUGUUCAUGUCUGUUCACAAGGAGGAGGACACGGACACCAAGCAGGUCUAUUUCUACCUCUUCAAGCUCCUGCGGAAAUGCAUCCUGCAGAUGACCCGGCCCGUGGUGGAGGGGUCUCUGGGCAGUCCCCCAUUUGAAAAGCCUAACAUUGAACAGGGAGUCCUGAACUUUGUGCAGUACAAGUUUAGCCACCUGGCCCCGCGGGAACGGCAGACCAUGUUCGAGCUCUCCAAGAUGUUCCUGCUGUGCCUUAACUACUGGAAACUCGAGACGCCCGCCCAAUUUCGGCAGAGGUCCCAGGCCGAAGACGUGGCCACCUACAAGGUCAAUUACACCAGGUGGCUCUGCUACUGCCACGUGCCCCAGAGCUGCGAUAGCCUCCCCCGCUACGAAACCACUCACGUGUUUGGGCGAAGCCUCCUGCGGUCCAUUUUCACUGUGACCCGCCGGCAGCUGCUGGAAAAGUUCCGUGUGGAGAAGGACAAGCUGGUGCCCGAGAAGAGGACCCUCAUCCUCACUCACUUCCCCAAGUUCCUGUCCAUGUUGGAGGAAGAGAUCUAUGGGGCGAACUCUCCGAUCUGGGAGUCAGGCUUCACCAUGCCGCCCUCAGAGGGGACGCAGCUGGUGCCCCGGCCGGCCACAGUCAGUGCUGCGGUGGUUCCCAGCGCCCCCAUCUUCAGCCCCGCCAUGGGCGGGGGCAGCAACACCUCCCUGAGUCUGGAUUCCACAGGGGCCGAGCCCAUGCCUGGCGAGAAGAGGAAGCUCCCAGAUAACCUGACCCUGGAGGAUGCCAAGCGGCUCCGUGUGAUGGGUGACAUCCCUAUGGAGCUGGUCAACGAGGUCAUGCUGACCAUCACCGACCCUGCUGCCAUGCUGGGACCCGAGACAAGCCUGCUGUCAGCCAACGCAGCCCGGGACGAGACAGCCCGCCUGGAGGAGCGCCGUGGCAUCAUCGAGUUCCAUGUCAUCGGCAACUCGCUGACACCCAAGGCCAACCGGCGCGUGCUGCUCUGGCUGGUGGGGCUCCAGAAUGUCUUCUCACACCAGCUGCCGCGCAUGCCCAAGGAGUACAUCGCCCGCCUCGUCUUUGACCCGAAACACAAGACGCUGGCCUUGAUCAAGGACGGGCGUGUCAUCGGUGGGAUUUGCUUCCGCAUGUUUCCCACCCAGGGCUUCACGGAGAUUGUCUUCUGUGCCGUCACCUCAAAUGAGCAGGUCAAGGGCUACGGGACCCACUUGAUGAACCACCUGAAGGAAUACCACAUCAAACACAGCAUCCUUUACUUCCUCACCUAUGCCGACGAGUACGCCAUUGGCUACUUCAAAAAGCAGGGCUUCUCCAAGGACAUCAAGGUACCUAAGAGCCGCUACCUGGGCUACAUCAAGGACUACGAGGGCGCCACGCUGAUGGAGUGUGAGCUGAACCCCCGGAUUCCCUACACGGAGCUGUCCCACAUCAUCAAGAAGCAGAAGGAGGUCGUGUGUGCAUCUGUAGGGCUUUUCAUGGGCUUUUUCUUUUUUUGAGUCGGAGUCUCACUCUGUCGCCCAGGCUGGAGAGAGACAGGCUGGAAGCCACUGGGGAAGGAGAAGGGGAAGGAGCUGAAGGACCCCGACCAGCUCUACACAACCCUCAAAAACCUGCUGGCCCAGAUCAAGUCACACCCCAGUGCCUGGCCCUUCAUGGAGCCCGUGAAGAAGUCGGAGGCCCCUGACUACUAUGAGGUCAUCCGCUUCCCCAUCGACCUGAAGACCAUGACCGAGCGGUUGCGAAGCCGCUAUUACGUGACCCGGAAGCUCUUUGUGGCCGACCUGCAGCGAGUCAUCGCCAACUGCCGCGAAUAUAACCCUCCAGACAGCGAGUACUGCCGCUGUGCCAGCGCCCUGGAGAAGUUCUUCUACUUCAAGCUCAAGGAGGGCGGGCUCAUUGAUAAGUAGGCCCCGGUCCUGACCUGGGAUGUCUCCACGUCAGAUCUUGAUCCUCUGGGAUGCCCUGGCCCCCAUUCCGACUCCCAGCUUGAGAUGCUCCAACCAGGGGCCCUCCCGCCCUGACCCUGCAGCCUGGCUGGGACGCUCAGGCACCCCAAGCCUGUGGCUCGGUCCCAACUUUCACCAUGUCUGAGAGACCUCCGGGGUCAGGGGCCCAGGCCUCUAGAGUGGCUGGUGACCAGAGGGUGAGCCCUGCCCAGCCCCGGUGGCUAGGAGUCCUGGGCCUGGCCCCGGUGGCUGUUUCCUGAAGGCCAGGACCGCUCUUUUAGUUCAAGUGAGUGGGCUUCGGGGCUGGAAGUUCAGUCCGGACUGAAGGGGGCAUGCCUUGCCCUGCACUGUUCUGUCUGUCCCCCGGGGGUGGGGGGCACAGGGACCAUUCAUUCCCUGGCAUUAAUCCCUUGGAGGGAACAAUAAAGCUCUUUUGUUUUCUC